CUAGAAGUUGUGCGAGAUAAUCGGAAUCGACCUGUGAGAAGGGAGUGUACAUGUUUAUUAGUUAUAUUUUUAUUAGAAUUUUCAGAAAAGAGUGAAGUGUGCAGCCGGCGGCUUGCUCUUUAAUUCCUUGCGUCUGUCUGUGCUCACAGGUGGAGAUGUCUACCCUGGGUUGCCUGAUCUUCCUAAGUUCCCUCCACUUGUCAGUUGGCCAGCGCUCGGAACCCGUGUUCACUACUAUCACCGAGACCAUUCUGCCUCCAGACUACGAGAACAACCCCACUCAGCUUAAUUAUGGGAUGGCCGUGACUGAUGUGGAUGGAGAUGGGGACCUAGAGGUGUUGGUAGCAGGGUACAACGGACCGAACCUGGUGCUCAAAUACGACAGGAACAAGAAGAGACUGGUCAACAUUGCAGUCGAUGACCGGAGCUCCCCUUACUAUGCUCUCCGAGAUCGACAAGGCCACGCUAUCGGUGUGACCGCCUGUGACAUUGACGGAGAUGGCCGAGAGGAGAUCUAUUUCCUGAACACCAAUAACGCCUUUUCGGGUCGAGCAACUUACGCUGACAAGCUCUUCAAGUUUCGCGGUGGCCGUUUCGAGGACCUGCUUGGCGACGAGGUCAAUGAGCAGCGGGACGUGGCCAAUCGGAUGGCGGGCCGCUCGGUGGCCUGUGUGGACAGACAGGGGAGUGGCCGCUACGGCAUUUACAUCGCCAACUACGCUAGCGGCAACGUGGGGCCCCACGCCCUCAUCGAGAUGGACGAGACCGCCAGCGACCUUUCCCGGGGGGUGAUCGCCCUGACCAACGUGGCUGAGCAGGCGGGGGUCAACAAACUCACAGGAGGCCGCGGUCUGGUGGUGGGGCCAAUCAUCAGUCAGUCGCGCUCCGACAUCUUCUGCGACAACGAGUACGGGGCCAACUUCCUGUUCCGCAGCAACGGUGACGGCACCUUCACUGACGUGGCAGCACAGGCCGGUGUGGAGGACCCCGCGCAGCACGGCCGAGGGGUGGCGCUGGCCGACUUCAACCGGGACGGGAAGACUGAUAUCGUCUACGGGAACUGGAAUGGACCACAUCGGCUGUACUUACAACUCAGCACCAAUAGGAGGCAGAGGUUCAAGGACAUAGCCACUCAGAAGCUGUCCAUGCCGUCUCCUGUGCGCACCGUGCUCGUCGCCGACUUCGACAAUGACGGCGAGCUGGAGGUCUUCUUCAACAACAUCGCUUACCGGGGUCCGUCUGCCAACAGGCUCUUCAGGGUGUCCCGGAGGGAACAUGGGGACCCCCAGAUCGAGGAGCUCAACGUUGGAGAGGCCACCGAACCGGAUGGUCGCGGGACAGGAGCCAUAGUGACGGACCUGGAUGGAGACGGCAGGUUAGAGCUGCUGAUAUCCCACGGGGAGAGCGCUGCCCAGCCCAUCUCGGUUUUCAGAGUCAACCCCGGAACAUCCAAUAGGUGGCUGCGUGUGAUCCCUCGCACCCGGUUUGGGGCGUUCGCACGCGGGGCCAAGGUGAUCGCCUACACCAAGAGGAGUGGUCCGCACAGCCGCAUAAUCGACGGCGGCUCUGGGUACCUGUGUGAGAUGGAGCCCGUGGCCCACUUCGGAUUGGGUAAGGACGUGGCUACCAGCGUGGAGGUCUUCUGGCCAGACGGCCGCUCCGUGGCUAGGCGACUUGAGCUGGGGGACAUGAACUCGAUCCUGGAGAUCAACUACCCCACUGAAGAGCAGGAGGCAACAGCAGCUGCGGAGAUAGAGUGUGGAAAUGGAUUUGUUGUCAAUGAGAACGGACGGUGCACAGACAGGGAUGAGUGCACGCAGUUCCCUCCUGUAUGCCCCCGGGACCGUCCUGUCUGCAUCAACACCUACGGGGGCUACAAAUGCCGAGCCAACAAGCGAUGUGGCCAGGGGUUCGAGCCCAACGACGAGGGCACAGCUUGCGUAGCUCAAGUGGCUUACUUUGGGGGGACGCGCUCCUCGGGCCUGGGGCUCAGGACACAUUUUCCCUGGCUCUGCGUGGCUGUGCUGGGUCUCGCUCUGCUCCAGCUGCCCUAGGACACUGCUUGCAUGCGUUUUUCCUUCUUUCCUUCCUUCCUUACUUCUGUCUUAACACUCUCCGUCUUUCUUGCUUUUCCUGUCCACCUGCCUCUCUUCUGUUCUAUCGGUCCUCCUCUUUCUGUUUUCCCUGGGACUCCCAAAAUGAAGGGGGGGAGGGGGUCCACUUUCCUCGCCUUAUUCUUCCAGUCGGUGCCCUGGGACCCGUCCGGCUUGCCGCUGGCUUGACCUCAGUCUCGGGCCUGAAGGGGAUUAAAAAAAAGCUGCAUGCUGGUUUGAUCAUGAACAUUUCCGCCUGAACUCCGCCCCGGACGUCCAUGGAAGCGGCCUCCCGUCAGGGAGGGAGUGACAGCCAGCGGUGGCAGCGAACAAAGGGCUUCCAGCAUCUGGAGGCCCUGCUGUUCCUGAGUGACUCCGCCGUGCCAUGGCCCGCGGCUGCGGAGAUGCUGAUGCUGGCCGCGGCUGCAGGAUGGGGCAAACCUCAAGACGCCAUGCGGCGCGGUAAGAUGGGAGCACGGAGAUCAUCGGAUCAUGUGACGCAUCCGGGGGGAAGCUGCUGCUGAGGAUGCGGAUGGAGCUUUUAACAAACAGCUCAGCUUUCCGCUCUCGUCACAUCUGGAAUAAAUCCGUCAUGCCAGACAGGCUCUUUGCUGUAUAGUUGUCUGUAUUAGGUAGUGUCAUAGUUCCGAUGUCCUACACAGAAUAACUGGUCCCAUGUAAAAUAAAUCUGUAUAAACUCCUGAAGACUUUGGGAGUGUUUUGCCAACCUUAAAUGCAGGUGUGUGUGGUGGGUGUUACGGACCACGCCUGAGGACAUCAAAGUGGUUCCCAUCAUUGCUUUUUAUUAAUUACAUUAAUUAAGCUAUUUCAUGAAUAGCUAAUUUUCUCAACAGUGAAACUACUAAUAUUAAAUGGAAUGCUGAUUUAUGUUGUACUGUGGCUCAUCGCUGUCGAGGGUGUAGGAAGUCAGGGGGAUAUUGGGGGCAUGCCCCCCCCCAUGUUUAAUUUGGAUUCAUUCAUCCCCUCCAAUAAACAGACCUUUGUAUUUAAAUGA